AUGGACGAGAUCUCUGCCAAACGUCGGAAAGUGCGGAAAGGAACCCGCAGCUGCUGGGAAUGUCGUCGUCGCAAGAUAAGAUGCCAGUUCACGAAUGAAGACGAUCCCGUUUGUGUUGGGUGCACUCAGCGAGAGACCAAUUGCGUCUCGCAGGAAUAUGUCCCUGCGCCUUCUGCCGCGCCGCAGGACAAGCGUCUUGCACAGCGCCUUGGACGAUUGGAGGAGUUGAUGGAGAAAUUCGUGGAUAAUGGAUCUGAGUCGAGAAAAAGAGCAUCUAUACCGUCGCCUUCCGAUUCCGAGGAGGCACCGACGACACUGGCUCGCUUCACGCAGCAUACUGUUGAUGUGUUUGAGUCCUCAGUCGCAGAUAAUGCUGCGCAAAUGACCCUCAACCAAAGCGAUGCUUCGAGUCCAACCGUAAUAAUACGGCAGACAGUGAGGUAUCCCUCUCGAUCGGCGAAAGCAGCCAACGUAUCUGCUCAGCUUCACGCCCUCUUCCCAUCUCAAAAGAUCCUCUACGCUAUAUCCCAGCAAAGUCCCGGCGCACGCUUCGUCCUCAAUUCAUUCUACUCCCAGCAGGACCAGUUAGACGGAAAACCCGAGCCUUUAUCAGCGCUGGCCCAGAUCCCGCCGAUUACUAGCCAUCCGUCUAUCCUAGCCAAACGCCUUCUCCAACUUGCCGUAUGCCUGCAGCAAAUGCCAACAUUCUUCGACGGUAGUACUCUAGGUCUGAGCAAAUCGCCUCGCGAAACGAUGGAGGAAUGGGUCGCUGUUACAGGAAGGCUCGUUACUUCAGAAGAUGACUUUGUCGGCUGUCUAGAAGGUCUAGAGUCACUCAUUCUGCACAGCUUCUACCAGAGUGAUGCAGGCCAUCUGCGAAAAGCAUGGUUGACAUGUCGCCGGGCUCUUAAUAUGGCUCAAUUGAUGGGCGUUGACCGAAAGAACUCAAAGCCAAUUCGCUCAGCUGAUCCCGCCUUCAACGAGAAACAUCGUCCUUCACCACCAGUGAUCUGGUUCCGUAUCAAUUGCAACGAUCGCUACCUCUCUCUCAUCCUCGGCCUCUCGAUCGGUUCAAAAGACAACUGGUUUGCCGAAGACGAGGCUCUCGUCUCAGACGCACCGAGCGACAAGCUUGGCAAGAUGUACGCCGUGAUAGGCGGCAAGAUUGCCGACCGCAACGAUCUACAAGGAAGCGCUGCAUAUGUUCUAACUCAAUCGAUUGAUCUGGAUCUCGAAAAAACACACUCGCAAAUGGACGAGAUGUGGUGGAAAACUCCUGACAUGGCUAUCUGCUGCGGAUCAUCCGACGCCACGGGAGACGGGAUGGGCGUUAUAAUGCUGCAAGUGAGACACUAUACGCUCGUUCUCAUGCUUCAUCUCCCAUAUCUUCUUCGCGACCGUGGCCAGCGACGAUAUGAGUACAAUCGCUCUUCAUGCAUGCAAGCAAGCCGCGAAAUCCUCAUACGUUUCCUCGAGUACCGCAGUUGCUUCACAAAAGCUGUAUCGGGUCGUCAUGUCGACUACUCAGCCCUUGUGGCAGCCAUGACUCUCCUUCUAGGCUACCUCGGCUGGCGCUGGCCCGGCUACGAGACAGACAAAGAGCAGGAUAGAGACCUAGCAGAAAGAACUAUGGAGAGAAUGCAAGAAAUGGGUUCAUUAAACAACGACACACUCUGUGUUGAGGCUGCUGAAACAAUCCACCAGCUUUUGCCGAUUGUUCAAAGACAGCCAGGCGCAAGCGGCGAAAAUCUGCAUCUGCACGUACCUUUCCUAGGAACGGUUAACAUCCACCCGGGCCCAACACCUCCAGCAUCUACAACCAGCAUGAUGGCGUCCAACAGCACCACACCAAGUGGCAACAGUGUGGGAGACGCCAUGUCACAGUUCCCACUUUCCUUCAACCCCCCCUCGUUCGCACAGGACCAAUGCGAGCUACCCACCACAUGUCCGUUUGAGGGAACCUCGCCUGAUGUGGUGAACUUCAAUUGGCCAUGCUUUACGGCGGAUCCGGAAGAUUGGGCGUUACAAGGCGUUGACACGACGUACUGGAACAUGCUUAACAGUAAUAUUGUAGGGUGA